AUGCACGCCAUGAGUGACCCCGCUGCUUUAGCCGGCAUGUUACCCUUCGAUUCUAUAGGGCUGUAUGAGCAGCCCAAACCGCGGUUCAUCUUCAAGAUGCCCAGAGUUGUUCCAGAUCAAAAGGCUAAAUUUGAAUCGGACGAUUUGUUCAAAAGAUUAAGUAGAGAAAGCGAGGUGAGGUACACUGGGUACCGUGAUCGUCCUCCAGAGGAGCGUCAAAUGCGAUUCACAAGUGGUUGCCGCGAAGGCCACACGGAAAUCGCUUUCAUAUCUACCGGCACUAAUCUACAACUUGUCUUCGAUCAUUCGCCCUAUAACAACCGGGGCUGUGACUUUCAGAAGGAAAAUGGAAAGGUACAUAUUGUGUCCAGAUUUAUAAUGAAUGGCGUUUGCGUUCGAUGGCGCGGCUCGAUUGAUUUGGAGAAGCUUGAGGGAAUCGGAUGUUUGGAACUUGAUGAGGAAAGGGCUGCUAUUGAAGAUGCUGCCUUGAGAGAUCAGAUUGAACGUUAUAACCAAAGGCUGAGGGAUUUUGAAGACAAGCAGCGUGCUUAUCGCGAACAUGGGGAGGAGUUGCGCGCGCACUCACACGUACAUGCGCAGCGUUGCCACCAGACACGUCAACCUCCCCAUGCAGCCCACCCCGCUCAUCCCCAUCCUACGCACCCCGUGCACAUUAAGCCUCAUUCGCAAGGUGCCCUUAUUUCAUAA